UCCUAGUCACUGCUGUUGUGUCCUUGGGCAAGACACUUUACCCAGCUGCUCCCAGGGCCACCCAGACUGGUUUAAAUGUAACUUAGAUAUUGGGUGUCACUAUGUAAAGCGAAUUGAGUCACUUGAGAAAAGCGCUAUAUAAAUAUAAUUCUCUUCACUAGUGCAGUGGUUCUCAAAUGGGGGUAUGCAUACCCCUGGGGGUACUUGAAGGUAUACCAAGGGGUACGUGGGAUUUGUUUAAACUAUUCUAAAAAUAACAAACAAUUCAAAAAUCCUUUAUUAAUUUAUUUAUUCAAUAAUACUUCAACAAAAUAUGAAUGUAAGUUCAUAAACCGUGAAAAGAAAUGCAACAAUGCAAUAUUCAGUGUUGACAGCUCGAUUUUUUGUGGACAUGUUCCAUAAAUAUUGAUGUUGAAGAUUUAUUUUUUUGUGAAAAAAUGUUUCGAAUGAAGUUCAUGAAUCCAGAUGGAUCUCUAUUACAAUCCCCAAAGAAGGAACUUUAAGUUUAUGAUUACUUCUAUGUGUAGAAAUAUUUAUUUAUAAAUGAAUCACUUGUUUAUUUUUCAACAUGUUUUUAGUUAUUUUUAUAUAUUUUUUCCAAAUAGUUCAAGAAAGACCACUACAAAUGACCAAUAUUUUGCACUAUUAUACAAUUUAAUAAAUCAGAAACUGACGACAUAGUGCUGUAUUUUACUUCUUUAUCUCUUUUUUUCAACCAAAAAUGUUUUGCUCUGAUCAGGGCGUACUUGAAUUAAAAAAAUGUUCACAGGGGGUACAUCACUGAAAAAAGGUUGAGAACCACUGCACUAGUGUACUACACGUCCCAACAACCAAAUAUUAUUUCUUCCUAGAAAGAAAAAUGACAUAAUUCUGCAACCAAAAUAUUGAGAGAGAAAAGGGAAUAAGUAAGAAGUCCACCCAUCCAUUUUCUACUGCUUGUCCCUUUUGGGGUAGCGGGGCGUGCUGGAGCCUAUCUCAGCUGCACACGGGCGGAAGGCGGGGUUCACCCUGGACAAGUUGAGAACUCAUCACAGGGCCAACACAGAUAGACAGACAACAUUCACACUCACUUUAACACACUAGGGCCAAUUUAGUGUUGCCAAUCAACUUAAAUAAGAAGUCAUUUAUUUCAAAUAAAGACAUUUUACAAAUCAAAUAACACAUCCAGCACAAAAAUAUAUUUUUUAGAGACUAUAGUACAAAUUGCACAAAAAUAUAUUUUUUAGAGACUAUAGUACAAAUUGAAUUCACGACUUUGAAGCAUUCAAUAUUUUUUAAAAGGCUUAACAAACUCAGCGUCAGCAAGAACUACGGCUGCCAGAUCUUUCAGAUAUCUCUUCCUGAUGUUUUUAUAUGGUCUAAUUUCACAUUAAAGGGCUUGAGAUUAAGUAUAUUUUUGCUACGGAAAAUAUAAUUUUUUUAAUUCUCUACAUUGGCUUCGCACGGUCAUUUUCUGUUAAUACAUUCGAUCUUUUAUUGUUUCCCAUCUGGCAACCUAGCUUCUUUCCCAACAUGGCCGCUCCGGACUGCGUCCUACGCCGAAUCCUACACUUGCCCAGACGCGGUCCAGAUUCUAGGUCAGAGGUCAUCUGCAGGGAGACGCUGCAUGUGCUGGACGUGUCCCGCUACACACGAGACCUGGGGGCGUCGGUGUACUUCCCCAAUGCUGCCUUGACAGGAGAUGACUUGUAUGACGUCACACUGAGCGACAUGGACUGCCGCCUGCGCGUCACUCUGGAUCCCACGCUGAACCGUCUGGUGGAGAGGAACCUGCUGCGGCGUGGCGUGGCGUUACAAAGCGUCACCUUGGUUCCCGGCGUUACAUCCCCCAGCUUCAUCAUGGCGCGUGUGGACAUCAAAGAUGAGGAGGCGGAGGUCGGGGUGUCUGACAGCGACUCGCUGCCCUGGACCGCAUCCCCUGAUGUGUCAGGACCUCUGAGGGCCAACCGGCUGGUGUUUCUUCCUCUGUGGAACAAUGUAGACUUCAGCGGUGCCGCCUGGCAGGAGUCUCCGCCCCCCAUGGAAGAUGAGGAAGAAGAGGAGGAGGAAGCUAGUCGUCCUAGCGUGAGUGUCAAAGACUUGCGUGACGGAUACUUGUCCAAGCAUAAGGGCGUGCUACACGGCGCCAUUCGGCGUCGGUUGAUCGUGCGCAUCCUGGCCAAGUCACAGCUGCUGUAUUACGGCAGACAUGACAGCAACUGCAGGUGUCCUUACAGGGCUCUCUUGGAGGUGUGUGACCACACAGGAAGUGUGUGUGUGGUGUUGUGGAACAGCGUGUGCGUCACAUGGUACCGCCCUCUCAAGCCCGGCGACAUCAUCAGCCUUAGCCACUUUCGGGUCAAGCAGCUCUACCAGUCUGAUAACGACGAUAUCGAGAUCAGCGUGAACAGCCGAAAUCCCACCGCUUGUAUUUCUUUGCUCCCGGAGUCCUCCGUGGCAGUUGACCGCUUGCCGCCACAACCCGUCUACAGCUUCUACAGCAGUAAGGAGCUGCCGGACCGCCCUAACCACAGUCUGUGUGAUAUCGUCGGCCUGGUCACCUUCACGGGACGUGCCGAGAGAAUCAGGAGAAAAGAUGUCCUGGACGCCGUUAGAGGAACGGAGCUUUUAGAGUAUCGCUGGCUGCGACUGGAGGACGGAACCAGUUCUCGGCCCGUUUGGGUCAAGCUCUUCUCUACCUCACAGCCAGAAACUCACUGCAGGCUCCGCCCACUGUUGGUGGUGGUGUGCACUCGCCUGAUGGUGGUCCAGAAAGCAGUUGGCGUCUUCUACCUGACCAACACAAUGCAAACGCAACUCUACUGCACAGGUCAGGGCCACCACUCAGAGAUGAGCUAUCGCAAACUCAUGGCGGUCCGGACAUUCCUUAAGUGGUUGAAACAUCACGAUGAAGCAAGCGUUCAGCGCUCGGCUCUCAUUGGAGGAUUCUUCACAUAUCCGCCCCCUCCCGUCUCCUUGGAAACGUACAUGAAAGACAGCACAGGUGCGCCAGGUUUCCUUAAGGGGGCGGAGCUUCUGAGGGAGAUGACGGGAUUGUGUUACAGGGAGCGACGCACCUUUUGUGUCCAAGCAACUGUUACCAUGGUGACAUACUGCCGGCGAGGAGAGGAGAAGGACUGCAUCUUCUGGACAUCUUCAACCCUGCACGCCUCUACCUCGCCACUCUCCUCCCCGCCCGCUGCUAGUCAGCGGACGCCCCGCCCGCUCCUGUCCCCCAGCGCCAGUAGGCCGUGGAAGAGGAAGCUCCUGGUGCACUCGGAAUCUCCACAAAAGGGACCACCUCAAGCUACUUUACAAGCGGAACACAGCAACAAAACAGUUGUGCUGUUUGAAGCUUCCAUGGAGUUCCUCCAAAAUUCCAAUGAAGACGAGGACGACGAUGCUUCCUCUUUUGCCACCUGCCCCUCCCACCCAGAUUUCCCACACAUCGCCGUUGAGUCGCUGGCGAUGUGCUACGACCCCGCCCAUGGGGAGCAGCAGACGGUUGCCGUGGCGAUGGGUGGACGAUUGAAGUCUCUAGAUGCCACUUUUGACUCCGAGGAUUACUACACCUUCACACUUAGAGUUUUGUCAGACGGCGCGGUCGUUUCCGCCAUCUUCCUCCCCCAGUCGCAAUUUUCCUCCCUCUUGCCGGCCUCCCUCCCCCAUGCCAAUACCUGGAUUUCCAUCUUAUCCCACGGAGCCUUCUCCUCUCACACACAUCCACCCUCACCAGUUGACCUCGUCGCCACCGCAUCGCUGCUAGCAAAUCAGAGGCUAGUGUGCUUGCUGGAGACGUGUCAUCUGGGCGGAGACUCCAGCGAGGUCGUCCUGAGUCGAGCGUUCCUGCUGAGGGGAUGACGUGAGAACUCCUCGUCAUUUUUGCACUUUAGGAUGUGUGUUGUUGAGGUGUUAAAGGGGAACAGCACUUUUUUAGAAAAAACAAGUUUAAAAAAAAUUCAAUUCUACCUUGUAAAUAAACGCUAGCAAAGUCAGCUAACAAUGGAGCUAAUGGGAAUCUUUUGCGCCCAUAAAACCCACAAAAAAACAUUAAAAAAAUCGCCAACAAUCAGCCAUUUACAUUUCAUGACCUGAACAUUAACCAAGCAUUAGUGAUAUUACGCUUACGUUAAGGAACUACUUUUAGCAGCACAUUGAUCACGGAGAGGUAACCAGCGUAUGCUGCUGUAACCCAGAGAUGAUGAGAACGACACGAGAAGUCGCUCGUUUUCACCAGCUUUUUUUUUAACCUGUUGUGAGGAUUAUGAUGUUAAUUAUUCAUCUAAACAGUAAGAUAUGGACAUUACAUUAGUUGGCAACCCAAUAAGAUGAGAUAUUGUACAGUAAGUGAUGUUCUAAUGUUUGUUGUCUCUUAUGAAGUUUGCAGGGAGUAGUAAUCAGUGUUAUAAAAGAAAAAAGUGAAUGUUGUGAUGCAUUUGUGAAAGUAAUGCGCCGCCGUCUGCUUAAAAUAAGCAAAAUAUGUAAAUAUUAAAUGUUAUUAUGAAUCUACCUGUUACUACUUUACAUACUGUAUAUACUUACAGCGUGUAUAUAAAACCUUGAUUGGUUAUUUAAAAUGCUUUAUAGGCAGAAUAGAGCAACUCACAUUGGCUCCAUUCCUAGCAGACAUUUACUAAUGUUUAGUUAGAAUGUAUAAAAAAAUUUAAAAAAAGGGAAAGCUGUGUUCUUUUCUCUUACGUAAAGGAUUGCAAAUGAUUCCAACACAAAUGUUUAAAAAGUGCAGUUCCCGUUCAAAGGCAAUGUGUGUCUGUGUGAAGUCUAAAGUGUGUGUGUGUGUGUGUGUGUGUGUGUGUGUGUGUUGGAUGAAGGAAAUCUCGAAGAAGUUGGAAUGUUCUGAUUUUGACUAAAAGGUUGUUAUACAACACAGGCAUAUUGUUUGUCUUUUUAUUGUGAGGAAUGGUCAAGUGCGCAUGUUAAGGAUAAUUUAAGGGGGCGCAUGCGUAAAGGGGUGUGGUUAUGUGCCCAGGUCAGGGUGUGCGCGGGAGUAAGGGCCGUGGUCAAGUGCGCAGGUUAGGGAGGUAUGGAUGUGCGAUUAAAGGGGCAUUGUCAAGUGCCCUGGUCGGGGGUAUAAAAAGAUGCUUGCAUAAUAGGGCGUGGUCAAGUGCUGUGUCUCUGACAGAUGAAGUUCAGCCUUGUGGAGCAGUGUAGGUCGUUAAGCCGGCCAUCCACAUGCAGGUGAGCGCAGUCCUCGUCUCCGGGUCCGAGGCCGUGAUGGGUCCAGCUGUCAGGCUGACCGGGUCGCCAGUGCCUUCGGUUCAUGACGUAAGGCGUAUUGUUGACCCACUCCCACUUUCCCGUCCUCUCGUCACUCAGUCCAACCCAGUAAAAGACCAUCGUGUGCUUGGAGACAAAGUCCUACGGACACAGAGACGUUACCUCGUCAGCAAAACGCCGCCUGGCAUUUUGUCCCUGGAUUGAGUGAACCACUCACCCACUCGGAGUCCGACUGCAAGAUGGCCAAGUGCGAUUCGUGGCCGUUGCACCAGUCUCUCGCUUCGUACCAUGAUAGCGGCGUGCGACUGAAGUGGUAACAGGUGGACUCCAAUGUCUGCCAGCCAAGAGGACAGCAACCUGCCCUUGUAGUACCUGACGUGCAUCACACAGAACCCGUUAGACCGAACCAGGUGUGUGUGUGUGUUUGUGUGAGCACGCGCCUGUACUGUUGUUGCUCAUGCGUUCAAAGGAGCAUUUGAGUGAUGUCAACGUCCUACUGAUGGUGUCCAGAGUGGCGAGCUGCUUCAAAGCCUCCGAGGCUGAAACGACGCACUCGUCACCUCUCUGGCGUCAUGUGACUCAGCUGGCGUUCAUGUGACCAUUCUCACCUGAAAGGAUUUCUUCUUUGUUGUUCUCCACGGCAAACUUCAGUCGCUCCACGCCUCUUGCACCCUCUGACGCAACAACGGAUCGCACAGCGUUGGACAAGACGACAAGACGACGAUUGUACCGGAGUUGUUACCUUGGACCAGCUGCUGGAUGCUGUGUAGUGAUUGGCUGACGUUGGAAACGUUGUUCUCUACUGACCACAAACGACUUGACAACCUUGAGUCUGCACACACACAUGCAUGACACCACCUGUUGGUCCUUCCUCACACCACCAGGUCAGUGUGGGUUAGUGUGUGGAUGCUCACAGCUGGCUCCCAGUGUAAUAGUCAGAAUCAAGAUGGCUACUGCGGUCACAACAGGAAACAUGCGGCGCCUGAGCGCGGACGCACCUGAGCGAGGGACGUGGGCUGGGUCUGACACAAACUACAUGUAAAAUUUCAUCAUUUCACACACGCAAAGACACACACAUGGGUACCUUUUGUCCAGAAUGAACUGGUGUCUUCUUCAACGUAGUCAUGGUAUUCAGUCGUCAUGGCAAUUAGCUGUUUUUCUUCGCUGUGAAUCCGUGAAUAAGAGUGGAACCGACACCAAAUAUUCACGCAAGCUGGGGGUGACUGACCGCAACUUUGAACUAACCAGUAGUGUGUGUGUGCGUGCCAGUGCCAAAGUUCAUGCUUUUUCUGUUCACUCUUUAUUUACACAACCAUGCCAGCAUUUUGAGCCUUGGGGUCACAGGUCAUGUAGUGACGACUAUAACUGGUAUAAUAUGGAUUAGCAAUCACUUCAGGGUGUCUGGUCAAGACAGCAAUUAUGCGUUCAGGUGUGUGCAGGGGAAAUAAUAAGAUUGUCCAAGUCCUUAUUUGUAGGUUGACAUGCAAGAGUUGUUCGUUUGUGUGUGUGGUUUCCUAUACAAAACAAAUACAAUCAUUAUAAAUCAAUUAAAGUGACCACAAUGCAAUGAAAUAUAGGCACAAGCCUGCCACAGGGCUGUUGAAAUAUACAUCACUUAGCUGUGUGUAUACACAAACAUAAAUGCACAAAAUUUUAACAUCCCAACCCCAAGUAAUGUAAUGAUUAAUGGAAUGUAAAUAGCAUCACAACAAUAAUUCUAAAUUUGAAAUUGGGGCUAACAAACAUAUCCAAUGCUAGAAACAGGUCCCAACCAGGGUAUGAUAUUCAGCUAGCAGUUAACUUGUGAACUUGAUGCCAAACAGACUACAAUAAAACGGACGAAAUGAGUUGCAAUACAGUUUAAAGCACAUAGCAAGUGAUAUUAAAGUGUAUAUAAAGUAACUCACUCUGUAUUGACGCACACUGCCAAUUAAACAAUUGACAAAGAA